AUGCUGAAGAUGAAACUGCCCCUGAAGCAGACGCACCCCAAGGAGCAGCAGCAGCAGCUGGAGGCUGAGGAGCAGGAGGCGGCGGAGGCGGACGGGCGGAUGGGCGUGAAGGAGCCGCUUCACCGGCGCGACUGUCACCUCCCGCUGCACCCGGCGGUGCGCCCGCCGCUGCCGCCGGCGCCGCUGGGCCCCGGGGGGCGCUGCCUCCGGGAGCGGCCGGGCCCUCUGCGGGGCUUGCUGCUGCCGGGGCCGCCUGUUGCUGGCGGGGCGGCGGCCGUGGCGGCGGCGGCCGGGGAGGGUAUGUCUCUGCAGGGCGGCUGCGGCCCCACCUCGCUGCUCCGGGACCAGGAGCGGGUGUACGAGUGGUUCGGGCUGGUGCUGGGCUCGGCGCAGCGCCUCGAGUUCAUGUGCGGGCUGCUGGACCUGUGCAACCCACUGGAGCUGCGCUUCCUGGGCUCGUGCCUGGAGGACCUGGCCCGCAAGGACUACCACUACCUGAGGGACUCGGAGGCCAAGGCCAACGGCCUCACGGACCCGGGGCAGCUCGGAGACUUCCGAGACCCUGCCGUCCGCUCCCGCCUCAUCGUCUACCUGGCGCUGCUGGGGUCGGAAAACCGCGAGGCGGCCGGGCGUCUGCACCGCCUCCUGCCGCAGGUGGACUCGGUGCUCAAGAGCUUCAGCUCCGUGGUCGCCUGCGGCGCCGGCAGUCGCCCGGCCCCGGCCCGCGGCGACCCCGAGGCGGGCGAGGAGAAGGGGGACAGAUCGGAGGAGCGGGGUCCGGAAGGGAAUGGAGCGGCGCCCCGAACCGACGGUCUGGGGUUCGGGGCCCAGGAGGAGCUGCUGCUGCUUUUCACUAUGGCCUCCCUGCACCCGGCUUUCUCCUUCCACCAGCGGGUCACCCUGAGGGAGCAUCUGGAGCGGCUUCGGACGGCUCUCCGAGGGGACCAGGAGGAUGGAGACGGCGAGGAGUGCAACUUCCCUGCCCUCAGGGCCCAGAAUGAUACUCCCCAUGGUGAUUAUAUUCGAAAUAAUGAAACCUGUUUGAUGGAGCAAGCGCCUAUACUUCACGAUGGACUUACCAUGGUCUCUCAUAGAUCUCAGCGAGAAGCCGUACACAUUGAGAAAAUAAUACUGAAAGGAGCACAAAGAAAAAGGGCUGACAAGCAUUGGGAAUACACCUUCAAAGUAAACUGGUCUGAUCUUUCUGUAACAACUGUAACAAAAACACACCAAGAAUUACAAGAAUUCCUACUAAAGCUUCCAAAGGAACUGUCUUCAGAAACUUUUGACAAGACAAUUUUGCGAGCACUAAAUCAGGGGUCUCAGAAGAGAGAGGAACGGAGACAUCCUGACCUAGAGCCAAUCCUAAGGCAGCUAUUUGCAGCUUCAUCGCAAGCUUUUCUACAGAGUCAAAAAGUACACAACUUCUUUCAAUCCAUAUCAUCAGAAUCUUUGCACAGUCUCAGUAAUUUACAGUCUUCUUUAAAAGCAUCUAAAAUACCGGAACACUUAAAGGAGGAUAGUUCUGAAGCUUCAAGUCAGGAGGAAGAUGUUUUACAACACACAACAAUCCACAAGAAACAUACUGGAAAGGGUCCUGUAAUGAACACUGUUGGUACAAGUUGUUCUUCAUUGGAUGUUCUUACCCUACAACACUCGGAACAAAAUGGGAUGGUCAUGGACUGGAGGAAAAAAGGCUGUGUUCUGCCACGGCCAGAGCACUGUACAGCAUUAGUAGACCAGCAUGCAGCAGAUAAAUGGAGUUUAUCUUCAUUAAGCAAAAAGAAAGGAAAACCUCAAAUAGAAAAGGAGAAAAUUAAGAAGACAGACAGUAGAUUGAACAGUAGAACUAAUGGUGUUAGUGUCUCCACACCCCAGCACGUCCACGGAGGCACAGUGAAAGAUCCCAACUUGGAUAUUGGAUCUGGGCAUGAUACAUGUGGAGAAACAUCUUCAGAAAGUUACAGUUCUCCUUCUAGCCCACGGCAUGAUGGGAGGGAAAGCUUUGAAAGUGAAGAAGAAAAAGACAGAGACACAGACAGCAAUUCUGAGGAUUCAGGGAAUCCAACCACAACCAGGUUUACAGGUUAUGGUGAUGUCAGCCCAUCUACUGUCAAUGUCAAACCACCCGCUCAGAUUUCUUCAUUAGAAAAUGAGAAUGGAAGUAUUUCAGAGGAUCCUUUAAACCCUUCUAAGUAUCAAAACAUUUCAUUAAUGUCUGCCUUACACUGUGCUCUGCACAAUGGUGCACAGAAGUCUGAAGUUGUUGUCCCUGCACCAAAAACUGCUGAUGGCAAAGCCAUGGGGAUGCUUGUUACUAGUCCAGUUGCUAUUUCUGCAAUACGAGAAUCUACGAAUUCAACACCAGUUGGAAUAUUAGGACCAACAGCUGCUUCUGGAGAAUCAGAAAAACGUCUUGAGCUCUUGACUUCCCCUUUACCUGUACCAUCCCCUUUCCUUCCACAUACUGUCCAGCCUGGUAGUCCUGCUUUGCACUUGGCAAUACACAGGCUAAAAAUACCAUCUCCACAGGGACCUUCAGAGAGUUGCACAGUAAAUGUUCCACAGCAGCCCACUGGAAACUUGAGCAUCGGAUCACCAAACACUGCCUUUAUUCCAGUCCACAACCCAGGUAGUUUUCCAGGAUCUCCAGUUGCUACCACAGAUCCCAUCACAAAGUCUGCAUCCCAAGUGGUAGGACUGAAUCAAAUGGUGCCUCAAGUUGAGGGAAACACAGGGACAAUCCCUCAGCCUACCAAUGUAAAGGUAGUUCUUCCACCUGCUGGCCUCUCUGCAGCAGCACAGCCACCAGCUUCUUAUACUUUACCAGGCUCUCCCCUUUCUGCUAGUGUGUUACCUAACCAGAACACAAAUGUGCUAAACACGGCAGCAACAUCAACUCAAUCAGCUAGUACAGGGGUCAGCCAGGUCCAAUCUUCUAUUCCUCCUGCAGUUCCUACCCAUACACCAGGCCCUGCUCCUAGCCCGAGCCCUGCUUUAACACACAGUACUGCACAGAGCGAUAGCACAUCUUACAUAAAUGCUGUGGGAAACACCAACACUAAUGGAACACUAUUACCCCCGCAGCAAGUAGGGUCAGGGCCUUGUGGUUCCUGUGGACGAAGGUGCAGCUGUGGGACCAAUGGAAACCUUCAAAUAAAUAGUUACUUUUAUCCUAAUCCAAUGCCUGGACCAAUGUAUAGAGUUCCAUCGUUCUUUACUCUGCCAUCUCUUUGCAAUGGCAGCUACCUCAACCAAGCACAUCAGAACAAUGGAACCCAACUUCCCUUUUUUCUGCCUCAGUCUCCAUAUGCAAAUGGACUGAUGCAUGACCCAGUAAUGGGGAACCAAGCCAACUAUGGCAUGCAGCAGAUGGCAGGAUUUGGGAGAUUCUACCCUGUCUAUCCAGCGCCUAGUGUAGUUGCCAACUCAAAUGGAUCGGGGCCCAAGAAGAAUGGGAAUGUUUCAUGUUACAAUUGUGGUGUAAGCGGACACUAUGCGCAGGACUGUAAGCAGUCUUCAAUGGAGGCCAACCAACAAGGCACUUACAGACUGAGAUACGCACCUCCCCCUCCCCCUUCUAAUGAUACGUUGGAUUCUGCAGACUGAAACAAGUAAACAUUGCCUCUUAAUACACUGAAGCUUGGGGAAAGUGGGAGUGGGAGGGUGAGGAGGGGAAGGAAAGUUUUUUUUUUUUGUCUUGCCUUUAUAUUUCCCCGGAUUUCUAUGCAGUUGGGAUUUUUCAUUUCUCUUGCAACAAUGUUCCAAAACAAAAGAAGAAUACUUUUGAGCCUCUGGUCUCCUGGUUCAACAACAGGCUUGUAUGAUACAUGUAAUUAAACACACAGCCAAACUAUCAAAGGAAAGCAUUGAAGCGUGCUUUUUACACUGAAGACUUGACAAAACGUGCAAUGUUUACUGCAUCUUUUAAAAUGUCAUAUUUAACCUUUGACAACACUGGUAAAGUAGUCACAUGGUUAAAAACAGAACUUGGUCCCACUCCACACUCCUUUUCCCAUACAUCCUCUUCCAAUUUUCUCCCUGUAUUGCUGCUUUUCCCUCUCCCACCCUCACUUUGUCCACAUGCUACAUUGGCCUGCAUGAGUAAUCUGCAGUUAAUACUUGUCCACCCUUUUGUAAAUCGCUAUGCUCAUAAAUCGAGGGUAAAGUGUUUCAUCUUACUCUUAGGAGAGAAAUCAGAUUCACAGAAUAGUGUAUGUGUAUGUAUAUAUGUAACAAAUAGUAUAAUACACAUAUAUGCAGCACUUGUGUGUCCAAAGCAAAUUAAAAUACACAGAAGGGGAGGUGAAAAAACUUACGAACUUGUUAAAAAUAUGAAAAUGGACAAGAGCUUUCUUUUUAAGUGGGGGAAAAAACCUUUUUACUUCCAAUAAAAACUUUUAGCCUGUUGAUUCAGAGAGACGCAAAGUGAACAAUAUGGUGUGAAUGUUGUAUUCCUGUGUGUUUGCAUUUGUAAUGAGAGAUAACAGCCUGUUUUCUUUUUUGAAGUUAGUCUACUACCGUGUCAUACGAAAAUGGACACGUUACUUGAGUAAAAUUUUUUUCCUCUACAUACUGUUACAGUGUUACCUUGUAUUUAGAAUGUAAGUGGUUUAUUUCAAUCUGAACAGAAGCUAUGGUUUUCUACAAAAAGUCAGGUAUUACUACUAUAACCUGUCUCUCGUAGCAAAGUCACUAUUUUAUAACAGUUUACCACUAUGCGUGAUUAUAAUGUGAAAGACUGAAUUUUGAGUGUAAGAUGGUAUUAAUCAUGUCAGUGUCAUGUCACUAAGUUUAAUGCUGCUGUUUUUUUUAAAAGCCAAUCUAUGUACUAAAUUGCUUCCAGGUAUUUUUUGAUUUCCUAAAGUGCACUGAGGUUAUCUGGAAGAUUUGAGUGUAUUUUGAUGACUGCUGCAUUCAACAGCAAUGAACAGCUACCACUGUAUAUUCCAUAGGUUUUUUGUUUGGUUUUUUUUUUUCAAUUCCUCAGUUGUUAGAAAGGAAUAAGAGGUUUUCUUUUUAAAGAGUGUGAUAUCGGAAUGCAGCAGAGGAACUUAAAUGUUUGGUCUUGAGUCAGACACCUAACAAAUUGCUAAACACAAGGAAAAACUUGAAGAAGAAAAAAAAAGAAGCUUAAUUUAAUGCUUCACAGGUAGCAUCUAUAUUUAUAGCACCAGUGUACAUUUUGAAACUUUCUUUCAGGGGUGGGAGGGCAGGGGAAGGGA